AUGAGGAUGUCUUCUUUGCAUUUGACAUGCAUUUGCAACCACCACCGACCUCCUACUUUGAUUCCCUCCCCUGCUCGCGCUCUGCCGCCCUGCAGGCCUCCCUCUACCGACCUCGCACCCAUCCCGCUCUGACCAACGUCGUGGCCACCAGCUCCAGUCUCCUGCAGACGGAAGCUUCGCAUCUCCGGAUGGCCACCUCAGGUCCCCAGCGCGGUCAGCUCCACACCUGUCCUCGUGUGCGCCGUUGUGCUCUCGGCGCCGCACAUCCCGUCAGCGUCUCCCAUCGGCCGUCAGCAAUCCUUCAGCUCUCGGCGACGGGAGCAACCGACGGCGGGGGCGUACUUGGUGACAGUCAGAUGGAUGGGGAUGGCGGCGGUGUGUCCACAGUGUCAGCGGCACGCGAACCCAGCACCACAUCCUCCAGGGACGCCACUAGGGGCUUCUCGGGCAGUGUCUCUUCCGGUUUCCAGUCACACUCUCUAAACUCCAGUUUGGAGUCGGCUGCUGUGGCCACAAGCGGGGACGGCAACGGACUCCUCAACGUGUAAGUCGCCUCCAUAAUCUAGAGCGGGUGUUUCCUGCCUGAUAUGCAUGCACUUUCCGAUCCACCAUCUUCUAGCUCCUCCUCCUCCUCCUCCUCCUCCUCCUCCUCCUACACUUUACCCCCCUCCACCCACCAACUCGUUUUUUCAUGA